AUGGAUGUGUUCCGGUGGUAUGUAUAUGCCACGGCGCGAGCACCGCUCGUCACGGACGCACAGGUCGUCAGGGACGUGCAAGGUAGGUCUGCAGAUUCCACACAAGGGAGAUGGCCCCAUGAACACAUCGUGUGCUUUCCUACGUUACCUUCUCAGGUUUGUUCGACGAGCUGUCCAUUCCGAUCGACUUCUUGCCGAGGGUUCGGACACGCGCUGCCGGUCAGCAAUACGACAACACACGAAAGUCAUUCAUCCAUCUGCUUGUUUGUGUGUUCAGCUAACCGGGUCUUUGUGUGUGAGGAGGAGUACCAGCAGCUGACCAGGGAGGAACAGGACGACCUGAUUCUUGGCCACAAGCUGCCCAAGGACUUCUGUCAGCGCAUACAGGGCAGUCUGCAGGCUCGCGAUUUCAUGAAGUGGGUGACGCAGAUGCAUCGCUUCCUCGCCAAGCUCGAGCCGACGCACGAGGAGUGA